AUGGCGGAGGAGAAUGAGGAUAAGUGGAUACAACUGGUACAGACAGGUUAUCGCCUGCUGUGCUUCAAUCAGAAGGUGUUCAGCUCGUUAUGGAACUGGGCACCAUUCUUUUCACUCGUGGAGUUGGGCAGUGGCCGCAUCCGAUGGUAUGUCAUCCAGGCCAUGUCCAUGGUGCUCCGCCUGCCCGACAAGAACGUCCAAGCUCUCAAGCCAUACUACCAACAAUAUCAACAUGAGAUAAUGGAACACGAGAAGGAGAUACUGGACUUUGAGAGAUCAUUGCUUUUCUUGAAUAGCAACAGUGAUCUGUGCAUUGUUGACGUGAACCAGGGUAGUGGUGUCGACUCCACUACCACCUCUUACUCAAAGUGUUUGGUACAGAGUGACGACUUGACUCCAUCCAUCGUGGACGUGUGUGGAGUACUACUAUUCAAGAAGUUUGCCAAUGUUGGCGCAGUCAUCAAUCAAUCAGCAACAUCAUCAACAUUAACAUCAACAAACAAGUCAUUAUCACAACAACAACAACAACAUCACUUGGUUUAUACAGAGACAGUAUGUAGGAAUCUGCGCAGUUUGGCAAUUUCCGUCGGACUGGGCAGACCGAUACUCAUGGAGGGUGUCACUGGUGCCGGUAAGACGACACUAGUUAAUGAGCUGGCGGCCCUCACCGACAACCACAACAUCAUCAAGAUACAUUUGGGCGACCAGACCGACUCCAAGGUGCUGCUGGGCACCUACGUCACGUCGGACGUGCCGGGCGAGUUCAAGUGGCAGCCUGGUGCACUCACACAGGCCGUCAGCCAGGGUCGCUGGAUCCUGAUCGAGGAUAUAGACCUUGCGCCCAUGGACGUUCUCUCGGUGCUGAUCACACUGCUCGAGAGCCGCACACUAUUCAUUCCCUCACGUGGUGAGUCCAUCGAGGCGGCCAACGGCUUCCAGUUGUUCGCCACCCAGACUCUGUUUGCGGGCCACUCUCGCGAGCAACACAGCAACAUCCUCAGCCAUCUUUGGACUCGCGUCGUUAUCGAGGCGCUUACACCAGCAGAGAUGCAUCAGGUUCUCCAAACCCUCUUUCCACAUCUCAAGCCCAUCAUUGCCAAGUUCAUCGACACCUUUAACCUCUUGCUCAAAGUUGUCAACGGCCAAUCGAUUAGCAGCAUUGUUAACACAACCCCCAGCCUUAACAACAACAACAAUAACAACAACACAUCUGGUGGCGACGUGUCCAUGGUCGACGUGUCCAAUGUAGGCAGCGCCGACAAAUUCCAGAUAUCGACCAGCAGGUUCAUCUCAACUCGUGACCUGCUCAAGUGGCUCAAGCGAUCCAACCAGCGUCUGAUGAGCACCAAGCUCAACAACGUCACGUCCACCGUGCAGGAGGUGAUCUUUGUCGAGGCACUCGAUUGUUUCUGCUCCAUGGUGCCCAAGAAGGCCCUGCGUCUGCGUCUGAUGGAGGUAAUUGGCCGCUGCUGGGACAUCAACACCGAGCGCGUACAAUACUACAAUGAACUGUACAAGCCAACCAUCCAGAUCACACCCGACUCGCUAACCGUUGGCAGGAGUGUUCUGGCCACGAUGAGCGAGCAAUCAGACUCGGUGAAGUUGGGCGGCUCGACCAAGAAGUCCCGUGUCUCUGCCAGCGCGUCCACCACACAGCACUCGGCCACCUCGGCCACCUUUGCACACACAAUCAACAGUCUUCGUCUGAUCGAGAAGAUCUCCAUCUCUAUUCAGUUCAACGAGCCCAUCCUCCUCGUCGGUGAGACCGGCACAGGCAAGACAUCGGUCGUCCAGUACAUCGCCGACCAGCUUAAUCAGAAGUUGGUGGUGCUCAAUCUCAACCAGCAGAGCGACAGCUCCGACCUGAUCGGUGGCUUCAAGCCAGUCGAGAUGCGUCUGUUGUGCGCGCCACUCAAGCAGCGCUUCGAGAACAUGUUCAAGAAAGCCUUCUCCGAGUCGACAAACAGCGCAUUCCUCGAGAAGAUCCAGACCAGCUUUGCCAAUCGCAGCUGGAAGACGUUCAUCUCGCUGCUCAGCAAGGCUGUCAAGACGGUGGAGAAGCAGCUGAACAAGGAUAGUGGUGGCAAGGGUGCCGCCGCGGCUGGCCAGGGCAAGAAGUCCCUGCGUCCAGAGGAACGCGAGAGAUGGAAGCAGUUUGCCGCCGAGGUGGCCAAACUCAGCACACAGUUUGAGCGAUCAAAGAGCAGCUUUGCAUUCUCGUUCGUCGAGGGAUCACUCGUCGACGCCAUUCGCAAGGGCCACUGGGUGCUACUGGACGAGAUCAACUUGGCCACGUCCGAGACACUGGAGAGCCUCAGCGGUCUGUUUGACGGCGGCUCGCUCACUCUCACUGAGAAGGGUGAGGUCGAGCCAGUGCCACGCCAUCCCAACUUCAAGGUGUUCGCCUGUAUGAACCCGCCCACCGACAUUGGCAAGAAGGACCUGCCCCCAGGCACCCGCAACCGUUUCACAGAGUUCUACGUAGACGACCUGGACAACCGUGCCGACCUGUGUCUCGUCGUCAAGACCAUCCUGCACGAGCUGACGGUCCACCCACCAGUCGAUGAGAUUGUGGACUUUUACCUGACAGCCAAGAAGGAGGCGUUGGUACGUCUGUUGGACGGUGCCAAUCAGAAGCCACACUUCUCUCUACGUACACUAUCACGUGCACUCAACUACACCAAGCAUGUUGCGCCAUCCUUUGGAUUCAACCGUGCACUCUACGAAGGUAUCAACAUGAGUUUCCUCACACAGAUUAACCGAAUGUCCUAUCCAAUUAUGGAGCAGAUCAUCCAGCAAUACAUUCGCAGAGGUGAUGCCAAGGUGUAUAAACAGCCUUUGCAGAGACCAUCUGAGAAGCAUAUUCAGAUUGAGCAGUUCUGGGUACAGACUGGUGAUUUGGAGCCGAUUGUUCCAGCGCACUACAUUCUCACACCAUCGAUCAAGACCAAUCUGAACAACUUGGCAAGAAUCCUCGUCAGCAGGAAGCAUCCAAUCCUUCUCCAAGGACCAACUUCAAGUGGAAAGACAAGUAUGGUAGAAUAUUUGGCAAUUAGGACUGGACACAGGUUUAUCAGAAUCAACAAUCACGAACAUACUGAUCUUCAAGAGUACCUUGGACAGUAUAUCUCGGACGACAAGGGAAAGCUUGUGUUCCAGGAGGGUAUAUUGGUGGAGGCAGUGCGCAAGGGAUACUGGGUCGUGUUGGACGAGCUCAAUCUCGCCCCAUCAGAAGUGCUCGAAGCACUCAAUCGUCUACUUGAUGAUAACCGUGAGUUGUACAUUCCAGAGACCCAAGAGAUUGUCAAGCCACAUCCAAGCUUCAUGUUGUUCGCCACACAGAACCCACCCGGCCUGUACGGUGGACGUAAGGUGCUAUCACGUGCCUUCCGCAAUCGUUUCUUGGAGCUGCACGUCGACGACAUCCCCGAGAAUGAGCUCGAGGAGAUUCUGUCCAAGCGUUGCCGUCUCCCACCCAGCUACUGCAAGAAGCUGGUGGCCAUCAUGAGAGAGCUGCAGCUCAAUCGUCAGGGCGCCAGCCAGGUGUUUGCCGGCAAGCAUGGCUACAUCACAUUCCGUGACCUGUUCAGAUGGGCAGAGCGUAACCCCUCGUCCUACGAUGAGUUGGGCGUUGCCGGCUACAUGUUGCUGGCCGAGCGUCUGCGCAAGGAAGAGGAGAAGGCUGUGAUCAAGACCGUGAUCGAGAAGCAUCUCAAAAUCAAGAUGGACAUGGACAAGAUCUACGACUGCGCAGCCACUCCAGAGUUUACACGCAUGCUCGAGAUCCUGUCAAAGGAUCUGCCAGCCAGCGUCGGCUAUCUCGAGAAGAUUGUGUGGACUGGCGCUAUGAAGCGUCUGUUCACUCUGGUUGGGCACUGUCUGCGCUUCAAGGAGCCCAUCCUACUUGUGGGUGAGACAGGUUGCAGCAAGACCACAAUAUGCCAGCUCUACUCCCUGCUCACAGAACAACACCUGCACAUACUGAACUGUCAUCAGCACACUGAGACUGCUGACUUCCUCGGAGGCCUCCGUCCAGUUCGUGGACGCGACCAACUUUUGUUGCGCUUCAACCAGGCAGUCGACCAGCUGGUCCAGGCAACUGGACUGACCCUCGACACGACGAUGCAGCCUUCCGACCAGGUCAAGGCCAUCGCCGCGGCCACCCCCGCCGACUCCCCUCACGCAGCCCUAGCUCAAGCAGUCGAGUCCGCAUUCAAUCAAUAUCAGACAUUGUUCAUGUGGGUGGAUGGCCCAUUGGUCGAGGCCAUGAAGGAUGGCCACUACUUCCUAAUCGACGAGAUCUCCCUGGCCGAGGAUGCCGUGCUCGAGCGUCUCAACUCAGUCCUCGAGCCUUCGAGACUCCUUGUCCUAGCCGAGAAGGGUGGACUCGAGAUCGAGGAGCAUCGCGGCCACGAUCAGUUCAGGAUCAUGGCCACUAUGAACCCCGGAGGCGACUUUGGCAAGAAGGAGCUCUCACCCGCCAUGCGCAACCGUUUCACGGAGAUCUGGGUGCCAGCAAUCACAUCGCAGCAAGACCUGUUGCAGAUCAUCAACGAGCGAUUUGCCGCACCAGAGUUGCAAGCAUACUCUGCUCAUAUGCUGGCCUUCAUCGAUUAUCUUGGCCAAGUUCAGCGCAACAAGCGAACGAUCAGUUUGCGUGACAUCCUUUCGUGGGUAUCGUUCAUGAAUCUGGCUCGCGAGAAGCGUCUGCUCAGCCCCGCCCAAGCCUACAUACACGGCGCCUGCCUCGUCCUGCUGGACGGCUUUGGCAUGGGUGCAAACUCCACAUCCGAGGCGGAUGGCGUGCGUCUGCGCCAGCUCUGUCUCGUCAAGCUGAUCGAUCAGAUUGAGGACGAGCAACAACGCGAGGACCUGCGCCAGUACUUUGCGCUCGAGUCCAAGCAACCAACAAGUGGCGGCGUGCCAAGCUUCAUCCACGCUGACAGGUUUGGAAUGGAGCCAUUCUUCAUCCCAAUCAGACCAGACCGCGCCACCAAGAUCCAGUUCUCUCUGACCGCCCCUACAACAUCUCGCAAUGCCACCCGUGUGCUCCGUGGCAUGCAGUUGCCUCGCGCCAUCCUCAUCGAAGGUUCGCCAGGUGUUGGCAAGACCUCGCUGAUCACAGCCAUUGCUCAAGCCUCUGGCAACAACGUCGUGCGUAUCAAUCUGUCAGAGCAGACCGAUAUCAUGGACCUGCUGGGCUCUGACCUGCCAGUCGAGGGUGGCAAGGGCGGCCAAUUCGAGUGGCGUGAUGGUAUCUUCCUCAAGGCGCUACGUGAGGGUAGCUGGGUGUUGCUGGACGAGCUCAACCUGGCCUCACAAUCAGUCCUCGAAGGACUCAAUGCCUGUCUAGACCAUCGUGCCGAGGUCUACAUCCCCGAGCUGGGCCGCACAUUUGCCUGCCAUCCAAACUUCCGUGUGUUUGCCUGUCAGAACCCCCUGCAUCAGGGAGGUGGCCGCAAGGGCCUGCCCAAGUCAUUCCUCAACCGUUUCACCCAGGUGUUUAUCGACGCGCUCGACUCCAACGACCUGCUGUUCAUCACUGAGACCAUGUUCCCACAGAUCGACCGCACCAUCCUUGAGAGAAUGAUCGAGUUCAAUCGCAUCCUGUUCCACGACUCGAUGAUCGACGCCAAGUUUGGUCGCAAGGGUGCCCCCUGGGAGUUCAACUUGCGUGACAUCUUCCGUUGGUGUGAGCUGGUGGUCAAGGACGCGCCAGUCCUCGCCAACUUUGGUCGCUUCGUCGACCUCAUCUACCUGCAGCGCAUGCGCACUCGCGAGGAUCGUCUCUACAUCAAGCAGCUCUACAACCGCCUGUUCCCCGCCAACCCGAUCGACUUUGACAUGGACACUCUGCCACACCACGCCAUCACUCCCGACUACAUCCAGAUCGGCAAGGCAAUCAUGCCAAGACGCGUGGACAAUGGUGGCGGCGCUGGCUCAGACAUGUCUCCAACCGCAUCAACUCACAACCUCAUCAUGCUACAGCGUCUGCUCAACCCACUCGAGGCCAUUCUCAAGUGUGUCGAGCUCAACUGGAUGAGUAUUCUCAUUGGCCCAACCGCCACAUCCAAGACGUCGGCAAUCAGGAUGCUCGCAGACCUCACAGGCAACACCCUGUUUGAGUUCUCAAUGAACAGCGCAGUGGACACCACCGAGCUACUUGGUGGUUUCGAGCAGGUGGACCUGGUUCGCCAUCAGAAGCGCAUCACCACCGCCACCAAAUCACUCAUUGACUGCAUCAGUGGCGAUAUUCCUCCUCAAGAUGGAUGGUCGCGCCAACAACACACCACGUGA